AUGAACAACAACAAUGAAGAUGAACAUCAAGACAGCGUGAGCAAGAAGCAAGUCUACGUGGAUAACCAUCGUGAUGAUGAUGCUGAUGAUAAGGAGGAAUCGGAGAUGGUAAUGCCCGGAUUCAGAUUCCACCCCACCGAAGAAGAACUUGUCGAGUUCUACCUUCGACGUAAGGUCGAGGGCAAGCGCUUCAAUGUCGACCUCAUCACUUUUUUAGACCUUUACCGCUAUGACCCUUGGGAGCUUCCUGCUUUGGCAGCUAUAGGGGAGAAGGAAUGGUACUUUUAUGUGCCGAGGGAUAGGAAGUACAGAAACGGAGAUCGGCCAAACCGUGUGACAACUUCCGGUUAUUGGAAGGCGACCGGUGCCGAUAGGAUGAUCAAAAGCGAGAAUUUACGGUCAAUCGGCCUGAAAAAAACCCUUGUUUUCUACUCGGGUAAGGCCCCCAAAGGUAUAAGAACAAGUUGGAUCAUGAAUGAGUACAGAUUACCACUGCAUGAAACCGAACGCCUCCAAAAGGCGGAAAUUUCUCUAUGUCGGGUGUACAAACGAGCCGGAGUCGAAGACCACCCUUCCUUACCCCGCUCCCUACACACAACCAGAGCUUCAUCAUCAUCAUCAUCGUCGUCAAAGCCCUCACAAAGAUACUUACCAUCACAAACCCUUCAAAAACCCGCGCAAAACAUAAUAAGUUUCCAACCGAAUCACGGAAAAUCUCCACUACAAGACGAUGGAUUAAUAAUAGCCGAGUCAAGCCCGAGCAGCAGCACCAACGAUCAUAACAUCAACAACCCUUUUUCCCUCCAAAACCACAAUUCUAAUUACACCACUAAUAAAAGUCCAUUAGUCCCAAUGACUUCAAUUCUUGAAAAUGAUCAAGCAAUGGUUUUGCUCCAAUCCAAACAAACCCCUAUUCACACAAACCCUUCCUUGUCCCAAAAUUCUUCCUUCCAACCAGUUGAUGAUCUCCAAAAGCUAGUGAACAUUAGUAACAAUAAUUACUCGCAACAGCUCGAAAAUCCACAGUAUCUUAACAAUGGCGUCCCAAAUUUUCUUUCGCAUUUUGCGACUAAUUUGCAGCCUCAGUCUCAGAAUGCCGUGCCAAUGCCCGGGUCGUUGCAGGCGGCUUUUCAGGAUAGAUUGUGGGAUUGGAAUGGGAUUUCAGAGGCAAGCAAAGAUUUCAACAAUCUUUUCAAAUAA